CAAUCGGUUUGUAACACCUGUAGACUUUCUCCGUUCAUAAGUCAGUCGUCGCUCCCGGGGAGUCGGACAGGUGGGGAAGCUAACAGGGGACUUGGCGUUCGUUCCAAAGGAAAAAGGGGACAUUAUCUAUAGCUGUGGCUUGAUGACUUAAUCUGACAGGGUGUCGGUUUCAGCCAGCCGAAGGAUUUCACGGCUUUGUUCACGUUAAAAGAGGUUUUCUAAUUUGGUAAACCGAGGAUUUUUACAUUGUACCCUCCAAAGAAAUUACACGAAAAACGAAUAGAACUGUGGUAAGAACGGAGAAAACUGUCGUUCCAGAACAAGUAUACUGUGAUCGCCAACUGUAUCAUUUAUAACAUUAGUAUAUUUGGUAAGCCAAGGCCUCCACAGUCACCUCAAAAUGAUUCGCUGGCUUAAUAUCGUCGUCGUUGCCGUGGUUUGUUUUGUGAUCCUGGAUAAAACAGUGGGUCAACCAGUUGAGGGUUACUGUAAACCGACCAGCAGCUGUUGGCCUUCUGGAAGCGAAAUACGAAGCUUUGGUGACAGCCUGUUUGGAGACGUCAUACUCCCUGGGGAUCAGUUUUACAUCAAUGCUACUAGAGGAGUUAUACAGCCAGAACGAUGGCAGGCAAACCCGGGUAUGGUGGUGUUUGUCGCCAACAUUCAGGACGUCCAAAAGUGCGUCCUCUUCGCAAAACAGUACCGCAUCCAGAUCUCCAUCGUCACUUCCGGUCACGACUUCAUCGGAAGGAACACAGCCGAAGGGAGUCUCCAGAUCAACCUGUCCCGCCUGCAGUACUUCUUCGUCAACCUGAACGACAAAACCAGCCAUACUGGAAUGUCGUGCACUACGGACGUGGGUAACCGGUGGGCCUACAUCUACGAACAGGUGUCAGGCGUAUACAAUAAACUUAUCGUGGGCGGGAAUUCUGGAACCGUCUCUCCUGCUGGGUACACGCUAGGUGGCGGUAAGAGUCUACUGUCCAAGAUAUUCGGUCUCGCAGUCGACAACGUUUUGGAGAUGACGGUGGUCAAUGCGAAAGCCGAGAUUGUACGGGUUUACCCGAGUCAUAUCGAAGUAGAGUCCCCGGAUGGAGAUCCGAUACGUAUUGAUGACGGGGAUUUAUUCUGGGCCCUGAGGGGAGGAGGAGGCAGUACCUUUGCUAUUGUUACGAGGAUUAAAUACAGAAUCUUUGAUCCUCCAGCAGACGGUUUUACCACACUGAGAGCACUUUAUCCUUUCCGAACAAGUACCCGUCUUGUGGCCAACGAAAUCUUGGAUUUCCUCUUUACUUAUAUCCGGGGACUUCCAAAGGAGGCGUGUGGGUCUGUUCUGGUUGACAGCCCAUAUCUUGGAUCACAGUUUAUGAACAUAGAUGCAACCAACGGCCAGAUAUAUGUAACCAUCGAAUAUUUCGGUGGCUACCGGGAUGCCCUCCCGGUCUUUAAGCCGCUCCUCGAUUACCGUCCGGACUUAAAACUGUACCAGUAUACUCCCGAAGUGUUCCCGAACUUCUGGGAGAUGCGGAAGGACAACUUGUACACCGGCUACACGGGGAGGACGUAUAUGUUCAGUACAAUUAUACAGGACGAUGGUCUUAAUAAGAAUUUCGCUGACUUGAUGGUGAGGAAUCUCCUGGACGUGGAACAAAUGGGGUUGAUUAUGGAGUGCGAAGGAGCUAUAAUGGGAGGGAAGAUGUGGGAGUACUCUGAGGACUCAGCCUCCGUUCCUCCUGGCUUUAGGAAGGGACUGAUGACGUGGCAGUGCGGGGCCUACUGGUUCGACGACGGCAUCCCGUUUGAGAAACAGUGGAUCUCACAGUUGCAACCAUUCCACCAGGAGCUUCUCGACUCCGGUGAAGGGGUAUAUUUCAAUGAAGCGUCAGAUAUUUUACUCACAUGGAAGAUUUCUCAGUGGGGAAGACACUACCGCAGGUUGGUGGAGAUCAAACGCCGCUGGGACCCUUACAACUGGUUCAGUUGUCACCAUUGUGUGGCGUCUGAUUUGAAACCGGAUCCAAUUGACGUGUUGGAGAGGGGAGGGAGAGUGAUCACGGAGUACUGCCAGCCAGAUCAGAGUUGCUGGCCGUCUACAGAAGAGAUAGAAGCUUUCUGUAGAACCAUAUAUGGCGAGUGUGUGUUGCCCGGAGAACCGUUCUACAGGAACGCUACAAUAGGAACCAUACAGCCCGAGAGAUGGGUUGCCAACCCCGGUCUCAUUAUUUACAUCAUAACGCUCCAAGACAUUCAGAAAAGCGUGAUAUUCGCCAGCCGAUUUAACAUUCGCAUCUCCGUGAUUACAUCCGGGCAUGACUUUAUAGGCCGGAAUACGGCAGACGGAAGCCUGCAGAUCAACCUAUCGCGAUUAAAGUACCUAUUUGUGGACUUGAACGACGCCAGUAGCGACACCGGGAUGUCGUGUGUAACAGACGUGGGGAAUAAUUGGGCCAAGUUGUAUGAGGAGGUCACCGGCAGAUAUAACAAACUGAUCGUUGGUGGCAACUCUGGCACCGUCUCACCCGCCGGCUUCACGCUAGGUGGCGGUAAGAGCUUGCUGUCCAAGAUGUUCGGACUCGCAGUUGACAACGUUUUGGAAUUCACUAUCGUCAAUGCACAGGGGCAGAUAGUCCACGUGUACCCUACUCACAUUGUUAUUGAGGACUCCGACAUGGGGUUCACGCGGGUAGAGGACCCGGACUUGUUUUGGGCUCUUCGUGGAGGUGGAGGCGGCACUUUUGCCAUUGUCACCCGCGUCAAGUACAGACUAUUUGAACCCCCUAGCGGCGGAUUUACAACUCUGAGGGGACUCUACCCAUUCCAAACAGACCAAGCAGGCAACAAUGUGGUAGCAAAUGAAGUUUUGGAUUUCAUGUUCUCGUACAUACGGGGCCUUCCACAGAAAGCAUGCGGCUACGUUUUGGUUGACAGUCCAUACCGAGGCUCAGAGUACAUGAACGUGAGCGCCACCAUGGGGCAGAUUUACAUUGUGAUCGAGUACUUCGGUGGUGAGGCAGAGGCGCUUCCAACUCUCAACACUUUGUAUAAUUACAGACCGGACCUCAAGCUGCACGAUUACAAGCCGGUUCAUUUCAACACGUUCUGGGAGAUGCGGAAGGACAACCUGUACACGGGCUACAGGGGGAGGACCUACAUGUUCAGCACUGUAGUGCCAGACGGUAACCUGAACAGGGAGUUUGCUGACAUGAUGGUGAGAAGUCUGAAGGAGGUGGAACGCAUGGGUCUGAUUAUGGAAUGCGAGGGAGCGGUAUUGGGGGGUAAAAUGAGAGAAUACGCCGACAACUCCUCCUCCGUUGCUCCCGGCUUCAGGCGAGGUCUGAUGACGUGGUCGUGUGGCGCCUUCUGGUUCGAGAAUGAAAACAACAUCGAAGACAGUCGUAUUGAUGAGCUGCAGACCUUCCACCAGAGGCUGCUGAAUGCUGGGUCCGGCGUGUACCUGAACGAGGCGUCCGACAUCUUGGAUGACUGGAAGCAACUUCAGUGGGGAGCAAACUACCCCAGGCUGUUAGAGAUCAAGAAAAAGUGGGAUCCAAGAAACAUCUUCACCUGUCAUCACUGCGUCGGCUCUGACCAAGUUACCGUCAAUUAACCAUGACCCACUUGCUUGACCAAGUUUCCUACCUAGUUUCCUGACUUUUCAAAUGGAUGACUAUAGUUUUUACUCCCGACUGUCUUGACCUUGCAUAUUUACUUUUUCGAUGACAAAAUUUGAAGACAAUGCGAGCCUGAAAUAAGUCAAGUAUAACAAAGCGAUUUGGAGCUAAAUAUUUGCCAUUUAAUUAUUACAUGUCAGCUUUAUGCUUGUUUUGCAGUCCAGGAAAAAUAUAAUAAUUAUUAUAAUUAUGAUUAUUGUUAUCAUUAUUGAUACCGUUAUUGAGUAAUUGAAUAAGGAAAAAAAUACAGCAAUGGCACAGAUAUACGGGAAAAUAUGCUGGGACUGUCUUGUGUAAAUGUCGAGGAAAAUGUUUAUUUUUCAGUCUGUGUUCGACUGCCUAAUAAAUGACGUCGAUGC